AUUGUAAGACAAGACAAAACACCAUCAGUCAAAAUAACAGUGGUGAAGGAAUUAGUCAUUAAAAUAUUCGGCAGGAAAAACAUUUGUACCGCCAGGACGUUUUUAACAUAGUACAGAGAGCCAGACCAAGGGGCCCUAACACGCGCGCCUCUGUCGCUGUCGCCUGUGGCGGAGCGUGAGUCCCACCAUAGUGAAAGCGCCCCGGGCCGGGUCGCACUACGAGCGCUUCGGCGUAGCUGUUGACCCCCGAGAGGCGGCGCGUGCCGUGCGUCAUGACGCAGUUCCGUUGCGCGAGCUCCGCCCCUGCGCGUCCGGCCGCGGUGGGUUUGAACGCUGUUCCCGGGGAAACAACGGCGGACUUGGUGCACCAUGGAACCGAGGGUAGUGAAGCCGCCGGGGCAGGAUUUUGUAGUAGAGCGUCUGAAAAGCCUCUACGGACUAGGGGGCAGGCACCUCGCCGAGUAUGAUUUUUCAAAUUUUGAUCAGGCUAAAUGGAAGAGAAGAUCUCUAACCUCCCCAGAUGAUUUGGAUAUCUUCUCAUCUGGUGAUAAAGUUGGUUCAUCAUUAAGAUGUUAUUCCGAUGAAAGAAAGCAUUGCACAACACCACUUUGUAGUUCAUUCAAACAGUUAAAUGUGAAUUGCCUAGAUGAUGAACUGGAUUCUUUUCAAGAUUUGAAGCAAAAAGAAGCAAAAGAAGACUUAAUUGAAAAUGAUUAUGGAGUUAGUACCUCCAAGAUAACCAAGCAGUCUUUUAAAGACAUAGAAAAAGUUGCCCAGCCAACUAAUUUGGCCGCAAAUUCAAGAAAUUGGACUGAAUGUUGUAGUGAUGCAAGUGACUGUCCUCUGAGACGUGUUAGCUAUCCGACAUCUAAAGUACCAAACAAGCAGAGAAUACUUCCAUAUCAGAUUAAUCAGAUAUAUGAUGAAUUAUUUCAAAUACAUCAGAAACUGCAGUGUGAAACUGCAGCCCAACAGGAGUUUGCUGAAGAACUUCAAAAGCGGGAACGUUUUUUAGUUGAAAGAGAACAACUGCUUUUCAGACAUGAAACUGCUUUGAGUAAAAUUAAAGGUGUCGAAGAAGAGGUUCUUACAAGAUUUCAGAUUAUAAAGGAGCAGCACAGUGCAGAAGUUGAGCACUUAACUGAAGUUCUUAAGGAAAGAAAUAAAGAAAGUAAGAGGCUAAGGUCCUCUUUUGAUGCAUUAAAAGAAUUGAAUGAUAACUUAAAAAAGCAGUUAAAUGAAGUAAGUGAAGAAAACAAGAAGAUGGAGAUUCAGGCUAAGAGAGUUCAAGCUCGUUUAGAUAAUUUACAGAGGAAAUACGAGUUUAUGACAAUACAGAGACUGAAAGGAAAUUCCCAUGCUGCUAACGAAAUGAAAAGUUUAAGACAAGAAAAAGUACCAGUCUCAAAAACUCACAAGGCACCACUUAAUGCACAAGUUUAUGAACUUUUAACUGUCUUCAUGGACUGGAUUUCAGAUCACCACCUUAGUAAAUUAAAAAGCGAAGAAUCUGGAAUGGAUGGUGAAAAGCCCCUACUGAAAUUUGCUUCUCAGAGAAAUGAUAUUCAGGAGAAGUGUAUAAAGCUUUUGCCUGUGAUUACAGAGCAGUUACAGUGGAUGCCGUUUGUGAAUGCCAAACUUCAUCAGCCUUUUUUAAAAUUUAUAUAUUGGUCUCUAAGGCAGCUAGAUGCUGGAACACAGCAUUCAACUAUGACAUCAACAUUGAGGAGACUGGGUGAAGACAUAUUCAAAGGAGUAGUAACUAAGGGAAUUCAGGAUAAUUCUUUAGACCAUUCAGUGGAGAAUAAACCAAAGACAGCUGCUUUCUUUAAGAGCUCCAAUUUACCAUUGAGAUUUUUAUCAACUUUAAUUGUUCUCAAAACAGUCACUCAAGCUGACUACCUGGCUCAGGCGUUUGAUUCUCUGUGUUUAGACUUGAAGACAGAUGAAGGAAAAAUCUUGUUUUUGGAGUAUCAAGCUGUUCCAGUAAUACUAAAUCAUCUAAGAAUAUCCAGUAAAGGACUCCUCUCCAAUGUCAUUGAUAGUUUGCUUCAGAUGACAGUGGAAUCUAAAUCUUUGCAGCCUUUCCUGGAAGCCUGUAGCAACACUUUAUUUUUUCGUACUUGCUCAGUGCUGCUUCGAACCCCUAAGCUUGAUCUUCAAAUACUAGAAAAGCUCAGUAUUAUUCUGCAGAAACUUUCCAAAAUCAAGAGUAAUAAGAAGCUCUUUGAACUUUUUACAAUUCAUCUGAUGCUUCAAGAAAUGCAAAGGACAACACAUCCAGAGCAUGCCUUUCUCUGUAUUAACUUAAAUUCAACUCUGUUCAAUUUGGGUUUAACAAAAUGCAACUCCUUGGCCUCCAGUGCAAGCCAUUAGAAUAGCUUAAUAUUAUUUUAUAUAAAUUAUAUAUGUGUUGCUUAUUUGUAAGAUUGUAAAAAUCACCAAAGUAACUAAAAGUCUACCAAGUAAAGUUAUCAGUAGCAUCAUUUAUCAUGAAAAAUAUAAUUUUUUUCCACUUUUAAGUUGAAUCUAUAGAAGCUAUGGAAUUUUUGGACUGUUUCAGUUCAGUUGAGGUAGUACUUACUAAUGUACAAAAUGGAAUUUCCAGAAUUAGUGAUACUGGGGUUACUUUUUGUAAGAGUGUUUUAGGAAAUUUUUUUAAAUUAUGUGAUUAUUUGGAAUAAAAUUGGUGUUUAUGUGGGAAA